CCCAAGGAUUCGUCGAACAGAACAGAGCCCUGGUCGAGUCUGCGCUCCGAUUGCCUCUUCUCCAGCGCCCCGUCUGCAAGUCAAAUGAUCACCAGGAUAUACCGCUUCUCUUCUGUCUGCCAUGCUUGCACACUCCCGCGACUAUUCUAAAAAGCCCGCCCGAAAACUACACAGCAGCCCAAAGGGGUCUGCCUCUCCUGAUUUCGCUCCCUCCUUCUCCAUGCACUCGAAGCGGCGACAGUCUGUCCACUCCGCCGCCACUUCGAAGCGCAGACGCGAGGGCCGCAAGCAGCCGAUCGUGGUAUACAACAACCCCUACUCUUCCGACUCGGCCGAGUCCGACGAUCUGGUUGUCGUGCCCGCCAGCAUGCCGAGCAACAAGCGCUCGAAGCACAGCCAUCACCACCGAAACAAUUCCCACCACAACAGCAACAGUAACAACUCCAACGGCGGAAACAGCGGCAGCAACAACAACUCAAAGCACUUCAUCAGCAAGCGCCGCCGGAAUAGCGAGACCAACCGCGAGAUUGACUCGCAGCUCCUCGCCUUCCUCGCCGACGCUAACGAUGGCACCACUUUUGAGUUUGAGUUCCACGAAGAAGACGAUGACGAUGGCGACGACGCCGACGACGACGAUGAUGAUGGCGUCGAUAUCGAAGGGAUCGUGGUCAUUCAAGAGGAGUCUGACGUAGACGAUGAUGAUGAUGACAACGAUUCCGACGAGAUCGAGGAGGCCGCGGUUGCGUUUGCCGCCGCCUCGGAUGAUGAUGAAGAGGAUGAGGAGGAAGAGGAAGAAGAUGAUGACGAUAAUGAUGACGACAGGAGCUACAACGAUGCCGCUGAUCUGCAGCUGGCCGACGAUGGUCUUGAGGAGAGCGAACGGCAGAUCGAGAAGGAGGAGGAGGCCGCCAUAGUCGAAGAGUACUCCUUCGACCAGCCCGGUGACGUCUCCACUCUUUCGGCUGCGUUCACCGCCGACGUGUCCAACAGCGAGCUGACCUCGGACUCGAGCGACGACGACGAGGAAGAAGAUGACAACACGUUUGUCGAAUCACUUUUUGUCGACAAGUCCGACCCCGCGCUCAAGCACAUUGUUUCGUCCGCGCCACACAAGUAUCACGACUCUGAUGACGACUCGUUCAUCCUCGACUACUUCUUCUCCUCCGGAGACUCUAGCGACGAGGACCAACAAGGAAGCAAGAACAACGAUGACAGCGGUCGCCGGCGUAUCGCCCGUCGUCGGCGGACAAACACCUUCUCGGACGACGUUGACGAGUCCGAGGCUGAUGAAGAGAACGGAGGAUUUGAUCUACUGAAGGAAGACAUGUCGUCGGGUAUCGACGCUGGGAUCCGCAAGAACGGAUACGUCGAAGUCGACGACGGUGAAUCUACUGAUGAAGAUGAGAACCUCCCCCCUCCGAGUAUCCACAAAGCCGGCCACCGUGCGACAGAGAUCCUCAUGGGCUCUACGUCUGCGAGCAAGCCGCCAGUACUUGGGUCGUGGAUUCUGCCGACCGGUCGCCGCAUAGGCGUGAUCAACGGUCUAGCGACACGAACACUGAGCCCGCCUCCGUUCCCUAGAGGAGAGGACGAGCCGGCGGACGGUAACAGGAGCAGGAUGCGGAUAGCGCGCGAUCUGCCGUCGUCGCCGUCGGUGAUGGCAGCGGCAGCGCGCGGGGUGGCUCGCGCGUUUGACGUGUCUGCGUUUGGGAGCGACAGCGAGGACCAGAGCGAUCUACAGCUGGAGGAGUUUAUAUACAUGUCCGAGCUGGACGAGGAACCGGACGAGGGCGAUCUGUCGAGUGUGCUCGAGUCGACGCCGGGCCCGACCUCGACGCCAGUGUGGGCGGGCAAGUUCAAUAGCAGGUUUCCAUUGUCGGCAUUCAGGAAUCGCUCUAGCAUGCAGUACCGGAGUACGUAGUUGAUCUGAUUUAUAUAUGAGUUUGAUUUUGAUUUUGAUUAUUUUCUUUUUCCUUUGCUUUUGCUUUUAUCGCUGUUCAUAUCUUCUUUGCUUGCGUUUUAGCUUGGUAUACGCUCUCCAUUAUUUGCAGUCAAAAAAGACAAGGACCGGGGGCGGCACGGUGUUUAGUUGCGUACUUUUAUCUGUUUUAAGUGUUUAUGUUUACUUUACAACUUGUGUUUACAAUUGCAAUAGACGCGAAAUUGCUGUUCUUCGUAUUCGGAAACGUGCUCGGCUUCGACCAAUUGCGCAAUAGCAGCUCAGGGGGGC